CAAAUUCUUACAAACCACCAAUAUUUAUAAAUAUGUACGCUGUAUCAAUGCUGUAUUUCUUAACAGUCAUAAUAUCUGUAAGAUAUUUUAAUUUGUGUUGUUAUAUAAAAUACAAAAUAAAUAUGUUGAAACUGAGUGACGUGACUGAUGAAUUACUUAAGUUUGUUUCACAUUUACAAACCUGAAUCAAUGCAACUCAACAUUUUUAGGCUAGCAUAUGCUUUGACAUUUAUUGGACUGCAAUUUGAAAAACUUGUAGACCUAUAAAUUCCCACUAUUGCCUGUCUGUCUGACUGACUUUCCUUAAUCUUGAGAAUGGAGUUAGAUAGAUGAAAAUCAAGACCCAAUAUGGAAAGCUUUGGGGCAGGAAACUCCAAUUAACUAUAUUGUAUACGAACUUUUGGUACAAACCAGAAGUUAUGUUAUUUCAUUUAAAAAUUUUCCUGCGAAAAGAGUUAGAUGGCAGGCAUGACUGUUGCUAACAGGAAAAGUAUGAUGUACAGGGGCAAGACACUACUAAUUUGAAUUGGAGAACAUAUAUUUUAAAUUAAAUAAAUUAAAAAUAUGAUUAAAAAUUGCAGCCCAGCAUUGUGACAAUGUCAAAAUAAAAGAAUUGCUUGUUAUACUUUGAUCUUUUUUCAAACAACUCGAACCUAUAUCUUCAUUAACAAUACAGAAGAUGUUUUAAUGUCAAAUGUAAAUUUUAACAAACUUGCCCUGUUUGAAUUUUGUCAUUUAUAAUUUUUAUAGUGCCCUCUAGUUCUUUGGAAAUUGCCAAUUGUUUGUUUUUGACUGUGUUGUGGUAAGAGAUGCUCCUUACAAUUUUUUCUUUGCUAACAUUUAUUCUUCAUUACUUAACUUUACUCAUUUUCAGUAGUGAAGCUUAAACCUUCCUCCUCAUACCACUCAACGUUUGCUACAGCUACAUCAGUCACUGAUUUACCAAAAGAUGAUAAUCUUCCUUGAUUUUAUUAAUCUUUCUUAAAUAAACAAUGGAUGCAGCAGUUAUUUCAUCGAAUUCACUGGGGUGUAAGCUUUUGUUAGAACAAAGGAAGGAAAAUUGCAGAGAGAAUAUAUUCUUUUCUCCGUUAAGCAUUUCCGUAGCUCUAUCUAUGCUUUAUGCAGGAACAAAGGGUAAUACGAAGAAACAGAUGGAAGAAGUCCUUGGUCUGAAGGAAGACGACCGACAGAUACAUGAACAGUUUCGAGCUAUAUUUAAAUCUUUAUGUUCGGAAAAGGAUGACUUGGUUUUUAACAAUGUUAACUUGUUGGCUGCUGAUUCAUCUUAUAACAUAUUACCAGAUUUUGUGGACGGACUGAGAUCAAAUUAUUCUGUUGACAUCAAAAAGUAUAAUUUUGGUGAUGAGUCCGAGAGGGCGCGUUCGGAAAUUAACAAAUUCAUAGAAGAGGCCACUCGGUCGAAAAUAAAGGAUCUGCUUUCUCCCAGUUCCAUCCAAGCCAGUACGAGACUAGUUUUGGCCAAUGCCAUUUAUUUUAAGGGAAUGUGGAGAUUGCCUUUUGAUAGGAAUGAAACGUCAAAGAAACCUUUCUAUGCAAUUAAUAACGAACAAAAAAUGGUCAAUAUGAUGUUUAGGGAGGAAGAUUAUAAUCAUAUGUUUUCGGAAGAACUAAAUGCUUCAUUUCUGGAAAUUCCAUAUUCUGGAAAAAAAUACAGUAUGGUAAUUAUUUUACCAAAGGAAAAAAAUGGACUUUCCAAUCUUGAAAAUAACAUUUCACUGGAAAGUGUAAAUAAAGAAAUUGGGAUGAUGAGAAAGGAGAAAGUUUUAUUGUACCUUCCAAGAUUCAAAUUAGAAGAAAAUCUUCCUCUGAAGAAUCUUCUGAUACAAUUAGGAAUGGUCGAUGUUUUCAACAGUAGUGCAGAUUUAUCGGGCAUUGGUGGCAACAAAGAUCUCUACGUGUCUGACGCUUUACACAAGGCAUUCGUCGAAGUUAACGAAGAAGGUACUGAAGCCGCAGCGGCAACGGCAUUACCUAUGUUCUUGUGUUAUAUACCACCUGUAAAUUUUGUUGUAGAUCGCCCAUUUAUGUUCAUAAUAAGAGAGACAUCAUCUGGUUUGAUCUUGUUUAUUGGGAGUGUUUAUAAUAUUUCUUAAUUGUGUAAUAUUUCUGAAAUCACGAUCUGAUAUUAUUGUAUUUUUAAUAUAAUAAUAUCGUGAUUUCAGAAAUAUUGAAUAAUAAACUUAUAAGUUAAAACUUUUUUAAAGAACAUGAACUGAGUUUGAAAAAAAAAUUUUUUGUAGAAUGGAAACAAUACUGGACCAAAUGUAUUCAGAAUUCCAAAAAAACCAGCUAGCUUUAAUUUGGCUUACUCUGGUUUCCACACGGUCAGUGUUCUGGUUUCUGUUGCACGACACCAGUGACUGUUAUCAUACAGUGUUAUAAACACAGUUUUGUUUGUUACUUUCCACUGUUUAUCUUUCUCGUGUGUAUAUUUGCUUGUGCCCGGAAAACUGGAAAAUUCAGAAAUCCGGGCCACUUCCAUUCCAAUCUUGCCUGAUAUUAGAUCUAGUACCAUGUAAUAGAAUAUCAUUCUUGCACAAUAAGUAAGUUUACAUUAUUACUUAAAAUUAAUAUAGCAGCAUAAGAAUUUUAUCAUUUUCUGUAACAAUAUCAUGUAAUUAGUGAAUUUGCUGCUUCGGAAGAAGAAUUUAAAUUGCAUUGAAUAUGAAUAAGAGAUGUGGAAGGAAAUGAGAACACUAAAACAGACUUAAGAUUUUGAUACUUACAGUGUCAAAUUUCUGAUAUUUGUGGUAGCAUAGAUCUAAUUAUUUAAUUUUAAUUGUUAAAUUUGUCGUUAUAUUAAAACGGUAGACUGAUUUAUUUUUAUAAAUGUUUCAGAUUUUAAUUUUUGAUAAUUUUAUUUGAAUUUAAUAUAUAAUUACCCACAAAUACAAUCAUUCAUAGAAAAUGUAGAAUUAGAGGGAUUUUUAAUGGUUUAAUAUUUCAGAUAAAGUUGCUUUAUUUUCCAAAGUAAUGCUACUUCGAAAUUUAAUGGUUUAGAGUUAACUUUUCAUUAAACAAUAAAAAGUGCAUUUGGUUUUUAAAGUUUGCAAGAAUAACUAUAUUAAUAUUUCAAUGUCUUUGAUAUGAAUUUUACAUGCUUUCGCCAAUCAAAUACCAUCUGGCAUUCAGUUGAAACUGCUACUACUUUUUCUAGAAAAUGCCUAUCAGAAUGUUUUCUUUAUUUUGCUCACGCUGGUCCAAAAUACUGUCGUGCCUGACGCGAACAAAAUUGUAGUCGGCUCUCGAUUUGCGAAGCAUUGCAUCGUAUUGACAAUUCAUUUGUGUUGUUGACAGCAAAUGAUAAAUUAAAUUGUUUGUACAAAAGCAAUGCAAAUUUUAUCAAAUUUCAUUUGAUAAAAUUUGCAUUGCUUUUGCAUUGCUUCUUAGAUAAAAAUACAAAUGAAAUUUGAUAAAAUUUCAUUUGUAUUUUUAUCUAAGAAGAAUUAUUAAAUAUGUUUAAAUUGUUAAAUGACAUUCUUUGUAACCAAGAAAACUAAAAUCAUUCAUAUUUCUUGCAUUAUAACCUGGAAGCCUGUAUAACAAUUUACUGCAGAUAUGUAUGGUUGUACUAAUCGCUGACCAACGACAUUUUCCAAAAAGGCUUAAACUGUCGGACAUAUUUAUCAGCACCUCUCUCUUGCUGAUGACAGUAUAGAUUUUUCUACUGGCUCUUCGAAUGUUCGAAGAUAGGGUUGCAAUUAUAUUUUUGUUAUUGGUUUUCUAAUGUAUCGUAUAAACUCUUUACAAUAACAAAAGCAAAGGUUUGUUGUGUGUACAGAAUUUUAAAAUUGCAAAAAUAUUUGUAUUUUUUAACUCGUGAUGUAAGGGUGCUAUAAGUAGAUGAUAUUUAUCGGCAUAGUUUUUCUUUUUGUGAUAGAUUACUGUUAUUCUAAAAAUUACCUGCAAAUUUAUAAAAUUGUUGAAGAACAUAAAUUAUAAUUAAAAUUGUUGUAUUGAAUAUU